AUGAGGGUAUUUUUUCGUGUUUUCGUCCUGUAUGGGGAUAUUUCGGUCGCAGUAAUAAUGACUUGUAAAGUCAAGUCUAUAGAAGACGAUUGGGAAAUACCUUUCGAAGCUAUUACAGGUCUAGAAUGGUUAGGUGCUGGAUCGCAGGGUGCAGUUUUUAGAGGUUGCUUGAACGGUCAAACGGUAGCUGUGAAAAAAGUCAAGCUGGAAGAGGAAACGAGUAUCAAACACUUGCGUCACUUAAGCCAUCCAAAUAUUAUCAAAUUUCUCGGUGUGUGCACGCAAGCUCCUUGUUACUGCUUAGUUAUGGAGUACUGUCCUAAUGGCCAUCUUGGGGAUGUUCUCAAAUCCGAUAGGAUAAUCGGAUGGGAAGAGUGGUGCUCGUGGAGUCGUCAAAUCGCAGAGGGAAUGGAGUACCUUCACAAGAAUAAGGUCAUUCAUCGAGAUCUUAAGAGUCCAAAAUCGAGGAGAGGACAUGAUCUUUUUUUUGUGAAGUAUCUUGUUCGACGAAGAAGGCAUCGUGAAAAUAUGCGACUUUGGAACUUCUCAUCAACAAAGGAAACAGAACAGCACGGUGAUGUCGUUCUGUGGAACGGUCAGUUGGAUGGCUCCGGAGGUAAUCAAGAAACAGCCGUGUUGCGAGAAGGUAGGCUCUUAAACCGUCAAAAAUUUCAUAUAUCCAUUGUGUUCAACACUGAAUUUUAUGUCGACGUCUACUCUUAUGGAGUUGUGCUUUGGGAGUUACUAACAAGAGAACAACCAUACAAGAACAUCAACCAGAUGGCUAUUAUCUAUGGAGUCGGUUCUAACAAUUUAUCGCUGCCGAUUCCCGAUUCGACUCCAGACGGUCUGAAAAUGCUAAUGCGGCAGUGCUGGAGUACCACACCGCGAAAUCGGCCCUCGUUCACCCAGUGUCUCAAAUACAUGGACAUUCUCUACGCUGAGUUGAAGGAAAUGGGCAGUGAAGUAUGUUUGAGCACAUUAAUUACACAAAUCUUUGAUUAUUUCUUAGCUCAUGAAUUUUGUUUGGUUUUCAUUUCAGAAAAGGAGCUGAUCCGAAAACGUCGCCAGGAGUUGAAACAUGCCCAGGAUAUCCGGGAAAUGUACGAGAACAAACUGAGACGCACCAAUAAAAUGUACUCAAAACUCACUAACUGCAUGAAUGAGUUAUUAUUGAAGGAAAAGGAGUUGGAGCAGCGUAUCCGGUUAUGGGACGAAACUCAUCGCUACGCCUCUUUCCAUCCAACUGUAACUAUGCGACCCACUGUGGUACGUGCAGGUCCAAAAACUAUCAGAGGGUCGGAGCAGGAUAUUUAUUGCAUGGCGGUCGAUUUACAUUCGUAUGGUAUGGAAGGGUCAUCGAGCGACGAAUACUUAGCCGACUAUCACCGCAGCUCUUCCUACCGAUGCAGUCAAGCAAGCAGUUCUUCCGGUUUUCCGUCGUCUAACUCAGCAACGUUUUCACGUCAGUCCUCCUCACGAAGUUCUCUAGGAUUGCCACGACGUUACGACAGCACAGUACGUGAGCCACCUAUUUGUGGACAUAAUCCUUGUGAGUAUAGAUUUUUUUGUAAAAUUUGA